AAGAAGAAGAAGUACGCAGGGUGCCACGGUCUGGCGUCAUUUCCGUUUUGAUGAGCGCGCCUUGCACGAUGCGCGCUCGAUUCUUUGUAGCGUUGAAUCAUAAGACAAUUUGGGGGGAAUUCAGUUGAUUUCAGAUUAUUUAUGACUACUAAUAAACGAUUAACUGCAAGCUGAUAUAUUAACAAUACUCUUUAGUUUUAUAGAUUUGUGAUCGUAGGAAGAUCUGACAUGGUCUGAUUUGGACCACUUAUUUUCUCAGAUAGGACUGCUGUAUGGACUUGUUCAUGAUGAACUGUGAGUUAUUGGCCACAUGCAGUGCACUGGGUUAUCUUGAAGGAGAUGUUUACCACAAAGAACCAGACUGCCUUGAGAGUGUGAAGGAUUUGAUUCGUUACUUGAGACAUGAGGAUGACACAAGGGACAUCAGGCAGCAGCUGGGAGCUGGACAGAUUGUUCAGAAUGACCUCUUACCCAUCAUCACCCAGCACACGCAGGACAAACCGCUCUUUGAUACCUGUAUCAGGCUAAUGGUUAACCUGACCCAGCCAGCGCUGCUCUGCUUUGGAAAAGUUCCUGAUGAUCCGGCCUUCCGACAUCACUUCCUCCAAGUGACGUCAUACCUUCAGGCCUAUAAAGAGGUAUAAAGGCCCGUUCACACAGAACAAUAACUCUAUUAGCAUCUACACCAGUGGUUUUCAAACUUUUUAUGGUCACUUCCCCCUUUAAACCUUUAAAAAUCUGGCACACUUACCUCACCACAGACCAAAUAAUUUCACU